AUGCCCCUUUGUUUCUACUUCAUUCUUUCAUAUCUAUCUAUCUAUCUAUCUAUCUAUCUAUCUAUCUAUCUAUCUAUCUCAGAUCUUUUCAAAUCUAUCUUACUAUUUUCAUAUCUAUCUCACAUUUAUCUCACACUUUUCAUAUCUACCUAUCUCAUUUUUUAUAUAUCUUUCUUUCUCACACAUUUCAUAUUAUCUAUCUUUACGAAGGGCAGCUGGUCGUUCAUUGAUGGACAACUACAAUUUACCAUUUUCUUUCCUUCGCUCUCUUUUCUUUACUCUCUUUUCUUUCUUUUCGUCAUUCCUUGUUCAAGACAUUUCAUUUUUAGAAGGGGAUCCGGGUACAUCUCACUUUGUUUUGCACUCUUUCUUUCAUUUUCUCCUGCCUAUCUAUCUAUCUAUCUAUCUAUCUAUCUAUCUAUCUAUCUAUCUAUCUAUCUAGUCAAUCUUUGGAGACUCUCUCUCUCUCUCUCUCUCUCUCUCUCUCUCUCUCUCUCUCUCUCUAAUACAAUAUGCUAUCGCCGCAAAGACUGGCGCGAUAAUCUGCUGUUCUACCCCCCUCCCUCUUCUCUCCACCCAGUUCGUCUCCGUUUCUUCCUUUUCUUUGUUUUCCCAUCAUUGAAAGCUCACUCGUUUUGCCAUCCACGUUUAUCGCUCCCACAGGGUGAAACGCGUUGGAAAUGGAAGGCAGGAGAAGCGGAGAAACGUCUUCGCAAGAAGACACCACUGUUUCGCACCAGCCUCCUCAUCCCCGAUACGCACUCGUUGUUUCCUUUCUUUGCUUUCUUCCCCCUUACCCGUUUCUCCAUCCUCAUAUCGCUUUCUCCUGCUCAAGCCCCUAGGUCAAACAACCUUCUUUCUUUCUUGCACGCCUUAAGCACUUGGUCAAUUUCCUAA